AUGUUUUACAGUGCUGUCAUAGAACACACCAAUCGCGUCAUCUUUCUUGAAGAUGAUGAUGUAGCAGCAGUGGUGGACGGCCGUCUUUCUAUCCAUCGAAUUAAACGAACUGCGGGAGAUCACCCUGGAAGAGCUGUGCAAACCCUCCAGAUGGAACUCCAGCAGAUCAUGAAGGGCAACUUCAGUUCAUUUAUGCAGAAGGAAAUUUUUGAGCAGCCAGAAUCAGUUGUGAACACAAUGAGAGGAAGAGUCAACUUUGAUGAUUAUACUGGUAAUUACAUGUGAAUUAUUUUAUUAUUUCGAAGUCUCCUGUGGGGUUGG